UCCUGCAGCAAGUCAUCACUUCAGCCAAAAGGUUUGUGGAAGAAAUAAGCAAUGCAUGAAAAUGGAUGUAAUUAAUUCUUACAUUCAGGAUCCUGAUGAGUGAUACACAGGGAGAACUAGAAGAUGGUAAAUCUCACAGAGAACACAACUGAGAAGUGCAAUAUUAAUCAUGAUAUCCAUGAGACAUUAUCCCCUGUGGUAUACAUAUUUGUAUUUAUAGUAGGCUUGCCAGCUAACUGCCUGUCCCUGUACUAUGGGUAUUUACAGAUCAAAGCUAAGAAUGAACUGGGUAUCUACCUUUGCAAUUUGACUCUAGCGGACCUGCUCUACAUAUUUUCUUUGCCUUUUUGGCUUCAGUAUGCUUUACAGCAUGACAAUUGGACCUAUGAUGAGCUGCUGUGCAAAAUCUGUGGCAUCAUCUUAUAUGAGAACAUCUAUAUCAGCGUGGGCUUCCUCUGCUGCAUCUCCAUUGACCGCUAUCUCGCCGUCGUGCACCCCUUUCGGUUUCAGCAGUUUCGGACAAUGAAGGCAGCUGCAAUUGUGAGCAUCAUUAUCUGGACCAAAGAAAUAAUGACAUGCUGCUUUGUCUUCACACACGGGGAGAUCAGUAUGGAUGCUGAGAGCCACUUGGUGUGCUUUGAGCACUACCCCAUCAAACAGUGGGAGCACAACGUCAAUUACUACCGCUUCUCUGCUGGCUUCCUCUUCCCCUUCUUUCUGCUGGCCUUCUCUUACUGUGGGAUUUUACGAGUUGUCCACAAGAGUCCCGGCACUCAAAAGAAGAAGAAAAUCCAAAUUAAAAGACUGGUUUCAAGCACUGUUUUCAUAUUUUUAGUGUGCUUUGGGCCAUACCAUAUCCUACUUGUAGUUCGUAGCUUGUUGGAGAACAACUGCUCGUUUGCUGAGAAAAUAUUUAAUGUUUAUCAUAUUUCUCUCCUGUUGACUACUUUUAACUGUGUUGCUGACCCACUAUUGUACUGUUUUUCCAGUGAAAGCACUUACCAGAACUUUGUCAAGAUGCGAGACUCUUGUCUAACAUGUUUAGGGCGUCUGAGGACUGAGACGAAGGAAUCCUAUCCACUGACCAGUACGGAAGCACCCAACAGGACACAGCAUGAGCAACAACCUGGGAUAUUACAAAUACCACUUGAUGGUACCGGAAUGAGGGACUGCUCUACAGCUAACAUAGGCAGAUGUGGGGGUUUGAGACCCCCAAAAUCUAAUUCCUGAGUCCAAGCUCCCCUCCCCCAUCUCACCCCAGUGUGAGAUGGAUUUUCCAGACACAACACAAGACUCAAUAUGGGGGGAAUUAUAUUACAGUCACUACACAAAUAAAUAUUAUAUUAUAUAUACACAAUCUUAAUUAUCUUUCCUAUGAUAAAGCAGUAUUUACAAUGGAUCAAAUCUCUUCUCCCUCCAAUAAAAGUCCAGAUGGGAAGUAGGAAAAGAUCCUUUCCACGUUUAAGGCAACAGUCUCUCCUCUUCCAUGCAGCAGCUGUAGCUGGAUUGUUGUAGCUGGAUCUCUUCCAUUACAGACAAGAGGGGUCUCCUUUCACCCCUCUCAAGCCCUUCAACUCCAAGCAAAGGUCUCUCUCUUCUGGACUGCGAAUUAGCCGGGACAAAGGCUCGCUUCACCACCUCAUAUCACAAAGUUGCAGGGGUCUUCGUGACGGUCCCUCUCCUCAGGGGAUUUAAGCUCCCUUGAGUCAGAAUGUUAGGGCAGCUUUCAGUUGAAAGUCUUUGACUCAACCAUUCUACCAGAGCUCCUGUGCUCUGUCUCAGGCUGCCGGCUUGGCAGCAGCAGUGGGGGGGGCCAGGCCACUUCCCUGGCAUUCCUUCUGGCUGUCCUGGUCCAGCUUCAGGACGUCUCUGAGCUUCUUAGCUCCUCUCUCUCUGCUGUAUGCUGCAUUUUAGGACUUCCAUCCAGUAGGAGCCCACCCCACUCCACUUAGGAGGGCUCUCAAAGGGUUUUGGGGGGUCUAGUUCAGUUCUUACCCCAAAAACUCUGUCCGUAGAGCUUAGUUCUCUCUCUCUCUCUCUCUCCAUUAGAGAUCUCUGUCUCUCUGUUUAGCUGCAUGAUUGUUUCUGCUGUUUCUUCUUAUCUCUUGGCUUUCUGCCACAGUCUCCGUUCACUGCUGCUUUGCCGCCGCUUUUCAGUAUCUCCUGCUGCUGCCCACAGUGGAGAAACUCCUCCAGCUCUCAGCUACAGAACUCGGCCCAGCUUAACACUGUUCCAAGUUCUUGUAGCCUCCCUGCCAGGGACUGGGGGGGCCGAGCCCCCAACAGGGCUCCUGCCCCUUCUCCUCGUGGCUUCAGAACACGGCCACUUCUUCUCCAACUACCUCAUCAUCCUUCUUUUCCGUUUUGGUGUGCUUUGUUUUAGUUUUGCAGGAGCACUGAUUGAGUCAACAGCAAGAGAGACACCACCCCCUCGGGGGUUACCCUUUUUUUUAACUCCAGGGGGAAAAAACACUUUUUCCCCCACCACAGCAGCCUAUAGCAUUAUUCAAGAAAGGACAUUAAUCUUAAAUCUGUGGCUAUGGCUUUGUUUCUGUAUUCAUCUGACUUAUACCUUCAUGUAUUACAACACUGUGACCUCCCAAGGGCUUAUGAGCAAUGUUGUACAGUGAGGUUGUUUCUGGAGGUGCUUGGACUUUGCAACUGAACUGACUUGGUAUGUGCUUUCCUCACUAUUGUCAAUCACAUGUCUGUUGUUGUUGUGCUACCACUUAAAAUCUGUUGUGUUGAUGACUGCAUUGACUGGAAUAAGCUAGUACUCAUGGUGUGUGGUUCUAGUGAAUUUGUUUUGAACUGCUUUCUGUUUACCCCUGUGGCAUCUAGAGAAAAUAAUUCUCUACAAGCUGUCAUCAUCUGUUGAAAAGGUCAGAGACAGAACAAAUUAAAUGUCCCUGUAUGAACUUUUUCAAAAGAAAAAAACUAAAACAUUCCCGCAACAUUUCUGUAACUCUCUGAAAUAACUUCUCCUUCCACCAGUUUCAAAGCCUGCAGACACCAUGCCAGAAUCAGACUCCUAAAACAGUGAGUUCAAUAACGUGAGAUGUUAUGGGAGAACAUGGACAAGGAACUCAGCAUCUGCUGAGACCUUCAGUCUGUUGUUUGACUUUUGAACCUCAGACUGUUAAACCUCAUCAUAGGGCUCCUACAGAUUUCCAGAAGUAUGAGAACUCUUGGCUACAACGGGUAUAAAUAAUUUGGAUUGUUGACUUGGAAAAGAACAAGAGGUUGGUAGUACAUGAGGCACUUUGAUCCCAUAUGCUUCUCUGAGUCACUGUGUUCAAAGACAAAUUUAGUUACAUGUAAAUUCUACUACACCUUGCUGAGGUUUUGAUUGUGUCCUUUGCAACAUGUGUGUCUUGUGCAGCACAGACUAUGCAGGCAAUUAAAUAACAAUGCAUUUGUCAGAGAAACUGUUGAAUGAAUUCUGUUUUGCCCACAGAUACUAUAGUUUAGGGUUCAGUCAUUGUUCAGUAAAUACAGUAUCAGAAAUAUGAUAUAUGAAUGAUCUAUGGUUCCUGGUUUAGACAGAAACAAAAUACAGGAGUAGGUGGAGAAUACUGGCUUUUAAAGAUGUGGGAGUUGUGCUCUAUGGUAUUGUUUCUACUACCACCUCCUCUCUAGUUUUUGGUUUUUUUUUUUGUUUUUUUUUUUUUUUUUUAUUAUACUAACAAAUCCACUGUGAGUUUGUGAUCUGCUCAUCAUACAUUCUUGUAUCUGUAACUGUUACACCAUGAAUAUUGCCUUGUCCUUUCACUUCUCUGAUUUCAGGCCUUUCUGAAAACACUUCUCUCUCUGCACCCCAGAACUGAUAACUUCCAGCAGUAUAAUCAGUUUUGUUUCUUUGGGGAUUUUUUAAGUCAAAAGAUUGUCUAGACAGAUGAUCUGCUCAUGGUAUCUGAAGUAAUACAGUCUUGCUUGUCACUAGAUUCCAAAAGGAAUAUAUUCUAACAGUUUUCUGGAAACCACCUUGAGAGUGCAAUAUUGGAUAUAAUUAGGGAAUGUGUUUAAUAAAGAAUGUUUUUAUUAUUUUCUUCUGAUAUUUCUUCACUCUCUGUUUGAAACAGCUAUCUUACGGCUUUGGCCAACAGUUUCUAUUUGUGAGACUAAAGAUCCUCUCCUCCCUCCUCUUGUAAAAAGGAUUCAUGUCCCCACUCCCAGGAGGGGAUUAGGUUUGUUUAGGAUAAUGUUUGGUUUGUUUAAUUAUUUGACAUUUCUUUAGACCACUCAGCUGGAUUAAUUACCUUAUAUCUGCAUUUUUUUCUUCUGACUAUUAGUGCUGUUUAGCUUUAUUUUCUCCUAAUCUUUCAUCUAAUCUCCUGUCUGUUCCAAGGGGGUCGUGGGGCAGGGACUCCCAACUGCCAUAAUGCUGUGCUUGUACGUUCUGCAGCACCAAGCCAACUCCUUGGACUCCCACGGCCUGGCAGACUCCAGGACACACACGUGGUUUGUUCUAGGAUUAAAUAUUUGUUGUCGUGUUUAUGCUUCACUUCUCUACAGUUACCCACGUUGUUUAAAUUAGACAACUGGAAUGCAGAGCAUGCUGUAUUACAUGGAAUUGUCAACUGAGGGAUUAAGGCUUACUGGAGUUGGUACUUUGAUGUGGCCAGCUUUUCAUCAGCUGCUGCAGUUUAAAAUCAGAUGGAAACUUUUAUAGUGGAGCCCAGCAUUCUGCUACAGUUCUCAGCACUUAACCUGCUAACCCACAACAGAAGAGAGGGAUUUUUCUUAUUUUUCCUUCCCCCCCCCCCCCCCCAAGUCAAUAUUUUAGCAAUUCUUUCUCUCUUGUAUGUGUUCAGCUUAGGCUGCAGAACUGUAACCAGCAUGGCAGGAGGGUAACUCCCACUCAGAGCUUUUCCCUCCAUCUCAGCCAGAACACAGUCACCCAAGGGUCCUGCUGUGGUUGCUACGCAUUGCUACUGCAGUAAAUAUAGUGCUCAGGACUGCACUUAGAAGGGAUUUUAAAAGCACAUAUUAGAGAAAAAAAUAAAUUACUAAAUUUUGUGUUUCUCAAUGAAAUCUGACUGUUAAGAUUUGUAUUUUGGGGCAAAAAAGAGCAAAAGCUUACUAAAUGAAAUUUUUUUGACAAAAGUUAGCAUUUGGAAAGAAUAAUAUACAUUGCACCUGUUAGUGUAAUAUGUGAGUAGCACACAGAGAAUGAAACCAGGUGCUUCUUUUCCCAAACAGACAUUUUAAAAUUAUUCCAAUUUCAUUUUGUGGGUUUUGUUCUGCAGUGAAUAUAUGCCAUCCUGUGGGGUUAAUGGCUUUGGCAAAAAGCUGAAGCAUUCACAAGGAAUAUUUUAGUUAAUACCUAUAGUUUGGAGACUUCUAAAGAAGAUUUUUCUAAUUGUGAAACUUCAAAGAUAGUUUUACUGAAACCUCCUUCAAAAAGGUUUUGAAGAAAAUGAAUCUCAAAAAAAUGACUAAUCUAUAAAAUAAACAUUGGGAUCUUUUGCUGCUACACA